CAGCCAGAGAGCUAACACACUGAUCUGGUCUGGCUGGCAUACUUCCCACUCUUACCUGCUGAAGUAGGGUCCCCACAGAGAUAGCCCACCCCAACCCCAGGAUGCCCAGCAGAACUGCCCGCUAUGCCCGCUACAGCCCCAGACAACGGCGGCGGCGGCUGUUGGCUGAUCGCAGUGUGCGUUUCUCUAAUGAUGUUCUCUUCUUGGACCACAUCCGCCAAGGCGACCUGGAGCAGGUGGGGCGCUUUAUCCGGGCUCGGAAAGUCUCCCUGGACACUAUCCACCCCUCAGGCCUGGCUGCCCUGCAUGAAGCUGUGCUCUCUGGAAACCUGGACUGUGUGAAGUUGCUGGUCAAAUAUGGUGCUGACAUUCACCAGCGGGAUGAGACUGGCUGGACACCUCUGCAUAUUGCUUGCAGUGAUGGGUACCCUGACAUAGCCAAGUAUCUCAUCUCUUUGGGAGCAGACAGAGACGCAGCCAAUGAUGAUGGCGAUCUGCCCUCCGACCUUAUUGAUCCAGACUUCAAGGACUUGGUGGAACUCUUCAAAGGAACCAGCAUGGACUGAGCCACCCCUGACCUUUGUGGGUUUGUGCCUGCUGGAGAAGAGGCAAGGACCUUGCCCCAGGGGCCAGGGUGUGCCCAAUGAACAUGCCCGUGAGGCAGC